CUGGACUUAAGAGCACUAACGACCCAUGGGCUGUUUCCAGUCUUACACAGUCUAACCCAACACCAUGGCUCUCUAUGAGUCUAAGACCGAGCUCUGGGACCUGGACAUCAAUGUGAUCCAGCCAGAAGGGAAAGGUCCAGAUCCAGCCACAGAUGGAAACAGCAGUACCGAGCCGUUCAGGGAUGCGUUCCAACGUUAUAUCCAGCCCUGUCUGGCAGAGCUGCUGGGUUCAUCUCUGUUUAUCUUUGUGGGGUGUCUGUCUGUGAUCGAGAACACAGAGGGCACCGGAAGGCUGCAGCCGGCCCUGGCACACGGCCUGGCCCUGGGCAUCGUUAUCGCCGUGCUGGGGGAGAUCAGUGGGGGGCACUUCAACCCAGCAGUGUCUGUGUCUGUGUUUCUGAUCGGGGGUCUCAACAUCAUACUGCUGGUCCCCUACAUACUGGCUCAGAUGUGUGGAGGGAUGAUAGGGGCAGGACUAGCCAAGGUGAUUUCCCCAUCCAUGAACUAUGCCAAAGUUUCAGGGGCAGCAUUCGACACAGUGCAGACCGACACCCAGAUAGUACCAGCCACGGUGGCAGAGGUGAUCAUGACUCUGUUCCUGACGAUGGUGGUGUGUAUGGGGGCCGUGAAUGGACGCACGCGCAGCCUGUUGGCCCCUCUCUGCAUCGGGCUGACCGUGACCGCAGACAUCCUGGCUGGGGGAGCAGUGUCUGGGGCAUGUAUGAACCCAGCUCGUGCCUUUGUCCCGGCCGUGGUGGCCGACUACUGGAGCUAUCACUGGAUCUACUGGGUGGGACCCAUGUCUGGAGCCCUGCUAACCGCCAGCUUCAUACGAUUACUGCUUGGGGAUGAGAAAACCAGAGUUCUCUUGAUGUGAUACAGAUGUAGGUUUCCAGUUCAAGUCCAUAAAAAAGUCAAUUUCCAAAAUCCACAUAAAUUCGAACAGUAUUUUUGUGUUACUAUUUCCAUGUCUCUUAGUUUAAAAUAAUCUUACCAAUGUAACUUUAUUUAUUUUUUUUAUUUUUUUUUACCUUUAUUUAACCAGGCAAGUCAGUUAAGAACAUAUUCUUAUUUUCAAUGACGGCCUGGGAACAGUGGGUUAACUGCCUGUUCAGGGGCAGAACGACAGACCUUGUCAGCUCGGGGGUUUAAACUCGCAACCUUCCGGUUGCGAGUCCACCGCUCUAACCACUAGGAUACGCUGCCGCCUAGGAUUCUCUACUGGUAUAUAUAGAUUAUCUAUUGUCCAUACAUGCAAUCUAUUUUAUUCAAUGCCAUUUGUAUAAACACAUUUUUGUACAUUAAAUAUUGCAUUGUAUAUUUCUUUCUAUGAUUGAUCCCUUUUGACAUAGUAGAAGUGACUUCUGGCCCAUAGUCUGUGUUUUAUACCGCCACCUUUUGGUUAUGUGGUGAACUACAGCCUUGCAUUGGUCUGACUCUCACUGUCCUGUCAUACAACCUUCCAUAUGCAUCAUGCCUUUUCACUGAUUAUCUGCACACAGACAUCCAAAAACUAGCCACAUUAGAUAGCAUUGAAUUUGACACUGUAAUUGCUAUCUUGACUGAAAGUCUCAGCCAUAGAAAUAUAAUUACUAGAAAGGACAUAGCCCCUCAGACAACCGGUCCUCCCAUUAUGGACUCAUUGACUUGAACGGGGACCUCUCUUCUAGUAAUUAUAUUUCUAUGGCAGACACUCAUUUGAGACAGUAGUAUGUGAACGUUCAAAAAAUGUUGCAGUGAAGAUUGAAGAAAUGAAGUAUAAAUGUGUACAGCAGAGGAGUUGUCGUCAUGUCCAUUUAUUGAUUUGUACGUUGGAAAUAUAGAAGAUACUGUUUCUUUCAUACGCAAUUAAUACAAAUUCAUUAUUAAAUGAAUUCAUGAAUUCCAUUAGUGCCCCCUCAAUAAUAAGUACAUACUGUACAUGAUGCCUGUAUGCACAGUAACAGUCUGAUUUUGCCACAUUCUACACAUUUACAAUGUCAAUUUAUCAUUUACAAUGUCAAUUUAUCAUUUACAAUGUCAAUUUAUCAUUUACAAUGUCAAUGUAUUUAUCCCCUGUUAUUUGCUGAUGGAUGUGUCUACCAUUUAGGACAAAUAAUAAGAUAUUACACUAAAGUGUAAAAAGACAGUUUCAUGUUUCACUGGAUUCUCUUUUCCUCCCUUCAGAGAAUAACAGGAGCAGACUUUGCACAGGUGCAGAGACUUCGUCAAACUGUCUAGUUUUAAUGCUUUAUCUUAUCUAGCUGGGACUGGCUAACAUCAAUGAUCUAUGCAUGGUUAAUACAAGCAGGUUAACCAAGAUUAAACUUUUUUGUUUGGCCUGGAAAUCUAGAAUAUUAUGUCUAGUAGUAGGCUGCUGUAUUAACAAACUAACAAAACAUUUAGUUGAUUUAAAUAGUAAAAACAUAUCAUAGUCAUAUUGACAUAUGCUCUACCCUGAAAAUGUUGUUUUCAAGUCAGUGCCAACAAAAUAUCUGUCUGCUGGACAAUUACUAUACUUUUAAACUGUAAACUGGUUGUCUGUUGUA